AUGUACACACCAGGACUGAAUGUUCUUAUAAUGUGUGGAAACCUUCUUGUAAUAAUCUCCAUCAUUUACUUCAAACAGCUCCACACUCCUACAAACUAUCUUAUUCUCUCUCUGGCUGUGACUGACCUGUUAGUAGGAGUUGUAGUUUUGCCUUUUAGUCUGAUAAUAUCUGUAGGCUCAUACUGGUGGCUUAAAGAUGUACUCUACAGAUAUUAUGCAGUGUGUCAGCCUCUGAGGUACAGAAUUAAAAUAAAUGUCCGUGUUGUCGUGAUCAUGAUCCUGGUGAGCUGGACUGUUUCUGCUCUACUUGGAACUGGUGUCACAAUUAUGGGACUGAGGCAAGGACAAUAUAACAGGAGCUGUGCUUCAUUUCAAAAUACAAGUUCAUCAAUUAUUGGAGUUGUAUUUGGAUUUUACCUCCCUGCUCUCAUAAUGUUCACUAUCUACCUAAAGAUUUUGAUGGUAGCAUGGAGGCAGGCACGAAGCAUCCAGAGCACAACAAAGACUGGAGCAACUGUCAGUAAGAUGGAAAGAAAGGCAACUAAAACUCUGGCUAUAGUGAUGGGGGUUUUUCUCAUUUGUUGGACUCCUUUUUUUCUUUGUAUGACUUUUCACCCUUUGAGCAAUUACACAAUACCGACUUCUCUAAUUAAAACAUUUAAGUGGCUUGGAUGGUCAAAUUCAAUGCUCAAUCCAUGUGUUUACGCUUUCUUUUACAGCUGGUUUCGGUCUGCUUUUAGAAUGAUCAUUACUGCGAAAAUAUUUCAGGGUGAUUUUUCUAACUCUAAGCUGUUGUGA